GUAAAAUACGUAUGGGAAGCAUAGCCAGAGGCAUCUGUUACUGGAUUUUUAAAGUAUGUGAAACAACACAGUCUUGAUUUUCUUAAUAAGUACACUUUGUUGAAUCCAAAUCAGCCACAAAUUGCAGUGUGCGACGGAAAACGACGACUGGUUGUUUACUGAUACUGGAAAAUUCUCGUCCACGAAAACAAAUAUUCAUACACACGGCUUUCAAUGAAAUCAGAGACAGUCAUCAAUAUAUUCAGCUUGGCGAAAAUUUCUGUAAUCAAAAGCUAAUUCGACCUCGUUACGUGGACGGAAAAUUUAUUUCUUCCACGGAAAUGAAGCCUGGUACAACGCAUUUUUCUACUCGUGUGGGCCUCUGGGUUGUGGUGGUGUGCGUGAUUUCCGCUACAUUUCUGAUUUCCAACUAUCUGGUUGUUAAUGAGCGUAUUGCCGCUAUGGAAGGAAAACUAGAAAGUCUACAGAGAGGUGAGAAUUUAAACCAAGAUGUUUCUUCUGACGAACAAACAGGUGGCAAAGACGAGCAUCAUGUCAGAAGAAAAAGAGCGUUGAAACAAAGAACUCAAGCGAGCGCUAUCGCAGAUUUUGAAAAACGACUUCGAGCUUUGGAGAAAAGGUAUCUCUACCUAAUACUUUGUUUUGUCUACUGAAAAACCACCUUGCCAUUGUGUCACUAGUUUAAUGAAAAUUUAUUGCCCUUUAUCUAUGUAUAAAAUUUGCCUUUCGGUCAAUAAAUAAGUAAUCUCUCAGAGCAUUACACGAUGCAUCAAUCGGGAGAGCUUUUCCUUCAGAUUAGCUAAACACUUCAUUUUCUCGCAAAUUUAACAUUACUCUCAAGUUUUCUUUGAUUAAGACAAGAAUAUCAGGGAAAGGAGAAUUUAAUUAUCAACUGAAAAUUGAGUGUAUUGCGCGUUAUGCGCACCACAUACAACUUUUUCUUCAAAUCUAAUUUUGAGAGAAUCCCACAAUUAUCAAUCUGUUUCUUCAUUUGCAAAUAACAUUACUUCCUAUAUUUUUUUUUAGCUUGUAUACAAUCCCGCAGACUGAAUCUGCUUAAGCUGAUUAUUACGUUAUUUCAAUCUGAUAGGAUCGAUGCCAACAAUCGAUCUAUGAUGUCCCCAACCGAGCAUAGUGAUUGGUGGUUUCUUGCAUAUCUUCGAGGUUUGUAAACCUAUGACGGUUUAAAAUUGAUUCUUGCUUUUUUUGUUGUUGUUGUUUGAUUUGCCACAAUCAAUAAAAGAAUGUUAGCACAAAUUCAAAUUCUCAAUUCAAAUUUCUCAAACAGGGCGAGAUGGUCGAGAUGGCAGGGAAGGCCUCAUGGGUCCUCCUGGACCGCCUGGAAAGCCGGGUACCCCAGGGAUGGCGGGAAAACCGGGUGCACCAGGGCCAAAGGGUAAGAAUUUAACAACAACAAUUGCCACUAAGUACAGGAACAUCAUAAGCUGCACAAACAGAGGUAUCUUAAACAGCUGAAACAAAAGAGGUCAGAGUUACAAGUUAGAUGUGUCUCAAAUUAGACAAAAUACAGAGAUAUCCAAAUCUGAACAAACAACGCAGUAGCCACAAACUGGACAAACAACUAAGAUGUUACAAAAUGGACACCCAAAAGAGUGUCACAAACCACAAAUAAAGAGAUCUCACAAUUUGAACAAAAAAACAAACGUGUCACAAACUGGACAAAAAUUAGAGAUGACAGAAACUGAACAAAAAUCAGGUGUCACAAAUUGAACAAACAGCAAAUGUCUUAAAAACUGUACAAACAAAAGAAAUGUCGUUAGCUAGACAAACAACGGAAAUGUCAUUAACGAGAAAAAUGACAGAGGUGACAAACUAAACGAACAACAAAGGUGACUCAAACUGAACAAACAACAAUGGCGUCACUAAAUUGACAAGCUAGAGAGGUGUCACAAAAUGAACAAAUAAAAGAAAGGUCACAAACUGGACGAACAGAGGCAUCAUAGACUGCUUAAGGAAAAGAUACAUUGCAGACCUGAAGCAACAGAAGGCAAUUUAUUUCUUUUCUUUUGUCGCUACGAUGUUGGUCAAACAGGACAGUCUGGACAUGGUACUAACAAGCCGGUUCCAGGUCCCCCAGGUCCUAGGGGACAGCAAGGCCCUAGUGGGAGCCCUGGGCGCCAGGGGCCCCAAGGGCCCAAAGGUAAUAAAGGGCAGGAUGGGGCCGGUAUUACUGGAGUGAAAUAUGUCCGCUGGGGAAAGACCAAGUGUCCUAGCGGUGCUCAAUUGGUUUAUGAAGGUGAGAAUUGCUUACUAUGUUUCAGAAUACUACUAUAUUGUUAACCCCUCGAAAUGUUAACUGCGUGUAGAGAGUGGUGGUGAAAAAGUUACUAAAAGAGGACUUGAACGUUUGUAAGGCUACUGAAAAAUUUCUUUUUAAUUUUCAAUCAAAUAUACACAGGGUUGAAUUGAAUAGAUGAGUGAUCUUAAAUUUUUUCUUAGGUAUAAUUGGGAGUAGCCAUUACCAUCAUCUUGGUGGAGGAGGAGAAUACAUUUGUCUGCCAAAGGUCCCGAAGUACGACAAAUACAAGGGCGGAUAUCAAUCGCACUCAUACAUUUAUGGCACUGAAUAUGAAGUCAGUGGGUUCAAUCCAUUUAAAAACAGCCUACAUGAUCACGACGCCCCAUGUGCAGUAUGUUACGUCAGCUCACGUGCAACCCAGCUGAUGAUACCCGCUAGGAAUGAUUGCCCCUCCGCUUGGACCGAAGAGUACCAUGGGUACCUGAUGUCGGAGCGCCACAACCACAAACAGUCACGCAACUUCAUUUGCGUUGACCGAGACGCGGAGUUUGUUCACGGCAGCCGUGCAAACGUCGAUGGUGCCCUUCUGUACCUUGUGGAAGGUCAGUGUGGCUCGUUGCCAUGCCUACCUUAUGUUGGUGGUAGGGAAUUGACUUGUGCUGUAUGCACCAAGUGA